CUGACGGCGCCCGCCAACACUUCGAGUUCGAUUUCGAGUUUGCUCAUGCGAAAAGACUCGUAUCGAUUAUAGCGGCGUCAUGAUUGGUCGUGAUGAAAACGUGGCGGCGUAACUUAAAGCAACUCGAAGAGAGACAUUCCCGACUGAGCAGGUGGUUAAGCAGUUUGUAAAGAUGAUUGAGACGUAUGCUUCUUCAUAGAAAUAUUAAUAAUGCUGAUGGAAACGAACCACCAUUAUGGGGAGGGUUUUGAAGAAGAAACAUCGAAGCAAAGGCGAAAAACUAGUGAUAAGACAUAAGAAGAGUGAAGUUUUUCCUGGUCAUAAUACAAUUGUGCCCAAGGAUCAGAAGAAAUUGUUGACUAAUGCACGUCUUACAGUACCACAUGUCCAAACCGGAAUAUUUAUGAAAGGAAGGAAAUCCAGUACUUAUUGCAGAGAAGAUGUUAGAUUUAAUAUGAUGAACAGAGCUCGUAUGAACGAAAAGCUAAAUGAUAUACUGAGUCUUGCAAAACAUUCGCAUGGAUCAAAUCACAAAUCAAUUAAUGAAAGUAUAGAUACUGUUCAUGAUGUACAGACUCACAUUUUUUCCCAGGAAAGAGAACACCAUGGGAAUUCUCCUCAAUCUAUGAUUUUAGAAGAACAAUGUGGAAAAAAAAAAUAUCAACUUUCUCAAAGUCUCCCCAAAGGCAUCAGCACUCCAGUAGAAAUGAAAAACCAGGCCAAACAAAAUGUAUUUCAGUGUCAAAAAUUACAGUCCAGUGAAAAACAUGAAGAAAAUUUUCAUGAAUCAGAGUACUCACACUUCAAAUUUUUUAUCACUCAUUUUGAUUGCGUGUCUUUCAAUCUGGUUUUUACAGAAGAUUUCAUUGUUCAGGAGAAGUUGGCAUUGAAAAAGAAGAAACAAAAUAAAUUAAUGGAUCAUACUUCUUUUAAUAAGUUGUCAAAAAUAAAUAAAGAAAAGAGAACUACAAUUCGUCAUUCUCAAUAUCCAGAAGGUGAGGAUUUAAUGGAUAAAACUAAAAUGUUGAAAAACAUUAAUUGCAGAAAUAUUAACAAAACUGUGAAAUUGCCUAAGAAGAAUCUCAAUUAUAAUGCAUUUAAAAAUGUUAAAAAGAUACAAAUCAUUAACACAUCUCAUGGUCAACGAAAAGAUCAUGAAUAUUUGGAGAAUAUGGAUAUUUUUCCAGGGCAUUCUUUAUCACUGUCUCCUCACCAUAAAUUUGAACUUUACACAACUGAGAUGACAUUUUCAUCGAAAGACAAAAUUACUUACUCAGAAGAAAGUAGAUGCAAAACAAAACAAUCACUGUUGAAUCCUCUAAGGUUUCUUGAAAAUUCACUCUCUGAAAAUAACAAGAAUUUAAUUCCUUCAAAAUCAUCAUCUUUAGAUGGAUUUCAGUUUUUGAAUCAUUCUCUUGGCCUAUCUUCUUCCUCAGCACCAUCGGAUAUGCAUGUUCCCAUACACAGACACAUGAAACAACAACUUUCUCGAUUUCCUACAUCUCUAUGUGAAAAUUUAACAAAAGAAAUAAAUGAGAAGUUUGAAUCACAUACGAUUAAUCAGCAUUCUCCUUCAAGUGUCAAUAUUUGGAAAAAUGAUUUAAAAUUUAGUCUAAGUGAAAGCCCUUGCAAUCAUGAAAUUUUUGAUUUUCAAUUUGAUGAACAAGUGGAUACACGUCCUGAUGAUUUCCAAAUUGGGAAUUAUUUUAACGAUGAAAAAGUUGUGUCAAAGAACUUAAAGGACUGUGAAGACUGCAUGUCAUGCGGAAGUGUUAUCCAAUCACAAACUUUUGAAAAUCGAUCACCUUCAUUGAGAAACAUAAAUGACUCUUCAAGCCCUAUUAACAUAGAGAAAGUUACAAAACCUCUGAAAUUGGAAAGCCCUAUUUUGAAAACUACAGUAAAAAGGCAAGACAUUAAAAAACCCUGCUGCUUGCAUUUUCCUGAUGAUAAUUAUCAAUCACAAACAAUAAAGAAUGAUGUUCUCUCAUUAUCGAAUUUUGAAGAAGAGGACUUCCGAGCAAAUAAUUUCUGGCAUAGAAGAAAAAUGUUUUAAAAGAUUUGCACACACUUGUGAGAAUGUGCAUAUUUUGCCACGUGGAAAACCAGAACUUGUUGAUACUAAUAUUUACAAUGUUCAAAAUUAUUUUGACACAUGGUAAGAAGUGGAUAUUGGUUGAUUAUAAUGAUUCACAAAUAAUCACAUAAAUGUUUUCUUGUAAUAAGUUUUAUAGUAGGUCAAAUUCGGAAGAAUUAAAUAUAUUCUUUUUGGUUAAUUUUUGAGAACUUAUUUCUUUAACAUUAUGUACAUUUUGCAUUUGUGUUUUGUGUCAUCAACAAAAAGAUUGUACAGUAAUGUCACUUGUAAAUAUAUUUUUAUUUAAUUUAUAGUUAAUGUUUUUAUCACAAUAAGAAUACAUUUAGUUAUAGAAAAUAAAAAGUCAUUCUCAAAAAA